UGUUCGGGGCGACCCAUGUGCGUGGCAGCAUCAGCAUCAUCAGCAGCAUCAGCAGCCGCAGCAUCACCCGCAGAGAAGACUUUUUGUUUGUCGUUGCUUGUAAAAUCGAGCCCAUUUUUACGACAUUUCGGUAGCCUCGCACGCCGGGAGGAAGGUGGUGGGAGUGGUGGGAGUGGUGGUUGUGGCCGGGCUCUUUUCUCCUCUGUCUAAGGCAGCGUCUCAACAAAAGGGGCGAGAGAAAAUCAGGCGCUUGUCUGUCAGCCCCAGGCUGUCCUGGGAAUCCAGCGUGGCACGGACGUGGACGCGGGACGAGAGACGGGCAAGGUUGCUGUGAAAGACAACGGCGACGUUUCUCACGGAUUGCUCGGUCGAUUUGGUCGUUCGUGAUUUCUCUCCGUGACCGCGUUGUUUUUAUGCGGACCGGUUGAGCCGGAGAGGUUUGGACUUUAAUCCGGUGCCCGAAGUCACCUGCCCAGCCUACCUGCUGCACGCCUUGCGUCCUAACACCCGAGGAUGGACAUCAAUACGGCAGCUGCGGCUCAAGGAGGUGCUGCUGCUGCUACUUCUACUGCUGCUGCUGGAGGAGCAAGUGGCGAUGUCAGUCAUCGUCCAUCUGCUACUGAUGCCGGUGACCCUACUGCUGCUCCCGCUGGCGAAAGUGACGUCGGCCCUCCAAGUGCUGCAGCCGCCGCCGCUGCUGCUGCUCCUACUACUGCUGGAGUUGGUGGCGGUGUUGCUGCAGAUGGAGCUCACGGUGGACAAAAGCUCACCUGUCCAGCGGCCGAAACCUCCGCUGGAUCCACCGCGAAAGCCAAGAGACGGAGCUUCUACCUCGGCGACAGGAUGCGCGUCGCGUCCACAGCGAAAGGUGGCCCCGACCACGGCUACGAUAUCUGCUUCAACUUCUUGAGGCACGCCUUCGACACCCUCCUGCUCUUCUUUCUCGGGCUCUGCUCCCCCGCGCUUCGGGUCAUCCUGGACGUGCUGGGCUUGGGAGGAGGCGUCUUCAAGUAUGGCCUCUACGGCAUGGCCAUCUUCUUGGUGUCCGUGUACGGGCUGUCCUUCGUGUUCACGCUCAUGAGGACCUACAUCGUGGAGACUUCGAUUGUGUUCGCCGUGCUGCAGUGUCUGGUGCUGGCGGUCAGCCUGAGGAACAGCGACUGCUGAGGGCAUCUUGAAGAUGUCCUCUCUGUGUGUGGGCGGUGUGUGUGCGUGCUUCAUUUUCAGCCACCGGUUUAAUGAGGGUUCUUGUCGGUCCUUGACCAUCCGUGAAGGCGGCUGAUCUCGCUUGCGAUGAUUGAUGUCGCAAAUGAUUGUGCGUAAUAUUGGUCGGUGUCGGGGGGGGGGGGGGGUGAUGACUUCUGUGACAGGACCAGCCAGCAAACCCUUGAUGUCCGGAGUUUCCCUUUUCUCGUCAUUCGAAUGUAAAUGUGAGCUUUGCAUGCGUCCAUUUAAACAAUCUCCCAUCUCGUGUUCGUGCUGUGAAUCGGGGAUGUAACUUUUAUUGUUGUUAUUAUUAUACAGUGAUUUUAUAAACAUACCACCGAGACCCCCCCCCCCCCCCCCCAAGAAAA